UGUCACACCACGCCGACCGGCACAGAAACUAGAGAAAGUUCGAGUCGAGCCGAGUCGAAGCGUUUUGUCACCCGACAAUCACCUACUCCGCCUUGAGCCUAGGCAUUUGGAGUUUACACAUAAGUAAACCUCAUUUGUUCUCGCUAAAUUCGAAUCCAGACUGCCCACUUGUUGGUCCACUUCGGCCGUUCAAAACAAACAUAUGCUGUGGUAGCGUGGCUGAUCUUUGGCUUUUUUGUCCCCCGACAAAAGCGUCUUCUUCAUAUAACGGCUGGAUACCGUCUCCGCCACCUCUAAACUUCUCUUUCUUAUUUCCUCUACUCGUCGACUCUCGAGCGUCAUUAAUAUUAUGGCUGCUCAACAAGCAAAUCUCACAGACCGUAGCAAACUUCGCAUGGAGCGGCUCAGGCAGGAAGAGCUGGAACAGCAGCGCUGGGAACAAGAAGCACUUGUAAUGCCUGAGGCGCUCAAUCAAGCUCUCCUAAUGUCAUUUGCAUCAGUUAAGACUGAGUUCAGUGACCUUGACGGACUCUCGUGGUCACGAUACCCUGUCCCUAUUGUUCCUAACCCAUGGGCAAUAGACGAACCAACCCCCACUCCAACACCGGAUUAUCCCGAGCUCAGCGAAUUCCCUGAUGAGCCCGAAUACUCUCAGCGGUCACAAACACCCUCGCCUUAUACUAUAUCAUCUCUCGCUGGGCUGACCUCUUUCGCACCUGGGGAAACCAUUCGAGUAUCCCGAGCCACAAAUAAAACACCCCGGUCUCCCCUACUACCCGCAAACCAAUCCACUGGCAUGCAACCCCCGGAUCCGAACAUUUCAAGAUGCUCCGAACACCCAAGACUAUCAUCUUCACCGCCCACAAUCUACCACAUGUCACCUAGUUCACCAAGCGAUGCUCGCUAUGCGCUCCGCAAACUACCCUCAUUUGACACAUCUAUGCAAUCCCGGAUCUCCAUUCCUUCAAACCACCGUAAAUCUAAUUCACAACAAGUUACAUAGUAUGACCCUUCAUGAAUCAUGUUGUCUCGUCUUUUUAAACGUUAACGAAAGUGCUUUUGUAUCAAUACUUGUUGUAUCUGUAAACUUAGAGGUUUGAAUUGGACCGCUUGCUUGGAUGUUAUUCCAUCGUUUUGUGGGGGAUGCGAUGGCAUAUGAUGGUACAUAGGUCAUUCUGAUCAGCGCAUCAUAUCAGCGCAACCCUGAAACGCCAUGCGCGGACAUUGGAUGUCAUGCACUGGCAGUUGGUCUGGAGCUUCGGGGAGAUUCGGAACGUUCACCGCUGCACUGCCCCUAGACUCAGAGGACAAGGCCUGCUGCUGAUGCAGUUCAAAGUUGCUGUGGCGAGGUUCCUGUGCAGCAUUAUAAGUACACCACAGUUGCAGAAUAACCUCGUAGCUUUCGAAUCAGAUUGCUGGUU